AAUCUGAUUUUUUAAUAGGCCCAAAUGGUCCAAAAGAUAUUUGAUGUGGGCUGGAUCCCAAAAUAAUGACCCAAUAUAGAUUUGUUAUUAAUAUUACUUAAUUUCCCUUAAUGAAACAUGCAAUGUUAGUGAAGGAAAGGGCAGGCUAAGGUAAUUAUGACAAUAGGAUCCUGCUUUAAUAGUAUAGAUGACAAAAUAUAUUUAUUCAGAUCAUAGCACAAUCGAAUAAAUGAUAUAAUCUUACCAAAAAAAAACUAAAAGUCGAGUUCUUUCUUCCAAAUGGAUCGCAAGAAAAGACGCAUAAAAAAAUAAUAAAAUGAAAAACCUCUUUCGCGUGUUCAUGUUGUGAUGAUUUUUAAUAGGGACAUUUAGGAGAAUAUACCCAUCCGAAGCAUAAAUUAGAGGAAUACCAUGAUUGAGACUUUAUGCAUUUUUGACUAUCCUUUUGGAUCAUUUUUGACGAUUUUGUCCCUGCAGAGGAGAGAAGAACUGGCACUGAGAUCGAGAUGUCAGACUGUAUGCAGCUGUUUGCAGGUGUAGAGUAUGUAGGGGCUUCACCUUAUAAUCCUCUGGUUAUUAGGAUAGAAGUGUAUUAGACUGUCAGAAAAAAUAAAUCUAUUUUUACUGUAAAUAUAUCAUGAAAAUUUCGUAGAAAACUGCAUUCAAGAUUGUUUUUUUAUUUAUCAUUUAAGAUAUAUUACAAUGGGUAUUAAACUUAUUUUUCUUAUUAUUAGAUAGUAUUAUCAAAGUUCAAGAUUCAGAAAAAAAAAGAGAAAAAGACAAGCAAUGACAAUCAUAGAGAUUAUAGAGCAUGAAUUGAUAAAAAAACUGUGUUGAAAAAGAAGAAAAAUAAAGAGAAAAAAUAUAGACAAAUAAAUUGGGAUUAUCGUUAACGAUAAGAUAUUAUAUAGCAGCUAAUAUGUUGCGUUACGUAUCCAAUAUAUAUAUUAACGGUUAACUUGAUUGUUGACAAGUAUUACAUAUUUUAGACACUAUAUAACUCUAAAUAUUAACGGGUAAACAUUAUGUUAUCCAAAAAUUAAUUUGUAGUCGAAUUAUAAUUAGUAUAAUGUGUAAUCCCUAAGACAUAGUGGUAUAUAUCAUUUAUUUUUUAUGGAAUAACAUAUCAAAAGAUGUCAUAUAAGAAUAGUAUUAGACGCUAACGCCAAAAAAAACCAUGUACUUUAAUGGUUUGCAUAAAAUGAUCUAAAUAUAUCUAUGUCCACUUCAGUUGUUAGAUGUCAAAAUAUAUUUGUACUGUGGUGGUGUAUUGAAAGUUUUUAUAUAAUGUUAAUUGUUAUAUAAAAUGUUAGCGUAUAAAUGUUUUAGUUGACCAUAACAAUAAUAAUUAUCGUUAAUCUAAAGUAUAAGCAGAUGAGUCUUAUGUAGUUGAAAAUAGAAUGGUAACCUUUAGUAUUAGAAAUUAGACAUUAUAUAAAAGUCUAAUCUUACUAGUUAACUAUAUCAUUAGUAUGUAAGCGGUAUUGUAAUUAGUAUAUCUGAUCAAUUUUACAGAUAAAAAGAAUGUUAGAGACAAAAUUUUAUAGUUAACGAUUAUCCAUAUUGUUAAACAAAUAAAAAGAAAGUUAGAGGCGGAAUUUUAUAGAUAACAGUUCCUUUUAAACACAUAUAUAAACUGCAAACAAAAUUUCUAAUAACAACCAGUCCGAUGAAAACUCGAUUCCUCUAUAUAAAAACAUCGGCAUCAAUCUUUUUUCAAAAUCUUGUAACUGUCACCAAUUAUGAGUCCGCCAAAUUAUGCAACACAUAAAAAAACUUGUACCAGAUAACAAUUAAUCUGAAGAAAGUAUCAGCUAAUAAUACAUGUAACACGUAACAAAUCAUUUAUUAGAUAGCCAAUACAAACUCACAAAAACACCAAAAGAUCUGAUAAAAAAAUAGUGAAUAAAGAUUUAAAUAAGAAUAGAGGUUAAAAAAGAUUAAAUCGCAUAAUACCGAGUGGAAAUAAAAGAAAGAGCUUAGAGUAGAAAGAAAUAAUAAAAAGAAUCUCACCUCUUAAAAUUUUGAGACAAAAGGUGUUUUUAGACUUCUUUCGUAUGGACAGUAAAUAUAGGGUUUUCAGAUAGCCUGACAGCUACAAAAUAGCCUGACACGAUUACAGAGGGAGUUGUAAGAAGGGCAAAAUUGGAAAUGAAAAUCGAUGAUGAAGAUGGGGGUAGUCUCUUUAUUUCAGUAGUGUUUAGAGGCAUACACGCCAAUUUCUCUUUUUAAUAUACUGUAGUAUAUAAACAAACUUGGAUAUCAGUCCUCACAUUUUUGAACUUUUGUGAUUACCCUGUUUUGUAAGUAGUUACAAGAUUUAUAAAUUAGUCAAAUAUAAAUCAACCAUUAUUGCUAUUUAAAAACCAUUAAUAGCUUAAUAAUAUGGUUAACAUUAAAUAUAUAAGUUAUUAAUUUUAAUUAUAAUCAUAAUAUUAAGAAAUAAAAAUAAACUACUUAUAUGGUAGUAAUAAAUUAAUUAGCUUUAAUGAGGUCAGUGUUAAAGAUUAUUUUCAAGUAUCGUUUUAGAAAAAUUAAUCAAUAUCAUACAGAAUUUUAAAAUAAUAAUAAAAUAAAUAUUGAAAGUUUUUAUAAAAAUACUGAAAAUUAGUUUUACAUAUAAUUGAUAAUAAAUUAAACAUUUUUUUUAAAAAAUACAUUAAAAUUGUUUUCAUGGAAAAAUAAGUGUAUAUUUGUAAGUACAUUGUGAACAGAAAAUGUAAGGCUAUUUUAUUUAAUUUAAUGUGAAUCUUUAAAAAAAAUAGAAAAAUAAAAACCUCAACCAUAAUUUUAAUACUAAUAUGAAAAUAAAAAAAAAUACAUACUUGCAUAGUCCAACAAUAAAAAUAACUCAAUAAUUUAUACUAAACAAACAGAUAAAAUAUCUAGGGCAAUUGCAGUAGAUGUACAUGGAAAAAAGAUUAUUUAGCUCCACGGUUAUAACUGUUCGUUUUUUCAAAUAUUCCAAAAGUACCCCUACUCCACUUCAGCUCCCUCUGACACACCUAUACUACGCUAUAUCUGGUAGAGGUCAUGAUUAUGCUAUACCACUCUACAGCACGCGAAUAAACUCAUUUCCCCUAAAAAAUAAACGUUUUUCUCCAUUAUUACCUUACCACUAUUCAAUCUCCUUCUUCAUUUUAUUUUUCGGAGUAUACGAAGCAAACUGUCUUUUGCAAUUGUGGAGGGUGAUAAUUUUAGAGAUGGUUUCUGCUCGGCUUGUUGAUCAUCCGGAUUCACCAGAAGAACAACAGAUGCGGCCAAUUCCAAAGAUGAUGUUUGCAGCUGGCGAGGAACCCGUAGGUGUUCGUGUUCUUACUUAUCAAUCGUCGAGCGUUUUAAAACGUAUUUUUAAUGCGUUAGAGGAAGAUGAAGUUGAAAUUAUUAGGCAAUCUUCUUUUGGUAGAUUGAUCGAGAUUGCAGACAAACCGGUAUUUUCGGGUAGAUUCGCAAGGUAUUUGUUAUCAAGGCAGCUCAAAACGAAGAAAAAACAUGAGGCCUGGUUUAGAUUUGCCGGAAAACCGGUUCGGUUCUCCCUUCGAGAAUUUGCAACUGUGACGGGAUUACCAUGCGAUAAUUUUCCGCAGAAGUCGAAGAUGAAGCUUAAGAAAACUAUAUCGGAGAAACCCUAUUGGCCAACUUUUUUUGGAAAAGUUGAGGUGGUUACCGUCUCUUCUUUGAUCAAGAUGCUGUACCGGAAAACUGUAAAGGAUAAGGAAAUCCGGAUUAAAUAUGCAUGUUUGGCUCUUCUCGAAUCGGUCCUUCUUCCUACAAGCCUCAACAUGAAGAUAUCUAGAGAGCAUGCGGAAGCUAUUGAAGAUCUAGGGGAAUUUCUUGCGUCCCUGUGGGGGAGGCUUUCUUUUGACCUGCUUAUGGGUAGUAUUAAAGAGAGAGAUGAGAUUGGUCUGUCUCAAAAUACGAUUGUGGUUAAAGGAUUUGUACUCGGUCUACAGCUAGUGUUGGUCGAAGCUGUACCUGCCUUGACAGAGGUGGUGGAUGAUACGGGUUCUUCAUCUGAAUCAGAUGUCAAAGAUCUCGAUGGUGUUGGCCGUGAUAUUUUCCGGAAGAAACACACUUUGAACCCUGCUCACGCGCGAAGUGUAGACAAGAGAACUGAUGUUAUUGUUCAUAGCAUCCUUGAUGACGAUCCUUUACAACCUCUUGAUGCUGGAAACUUAGCUUAUUCAGACGAAGAGCAAGAUUCGAGAGUCGAGAACCUGGUUGAAGGCAUAAAGGGUAAUAUAAAUUAUAAUUACUCUUCUUUCGAAGGUGGGAUGAGACAGAUUGAUGUGGAGUGUAUGCGACAGUCUUCUAAAGGAUCGUCGAAGUCAAAGAAAGCAAAUAAUUUGCACAAUAAUGUUGAACGCAUUGAUCCUUCUUAUGUUGCGGCAACUGUGAUAGAGAAAAUGAAACCUCGGUUAGAUUUAUUGGAGAAAAACCAAAAUGCCGCAUCUUCUACGCUGGUUGAGAUGGAGGGGAGAGUUGUUAGACAAGUGGAGUCCGUGCUGGUAAAGUUUAAGGAGGACAUGAUUAACAGUGUUAAGGAUAUGGUUUCUGGAUUGUGCAAAGAUUACUUAGCUGCCCACGUUGGGCCCCAAUAUGUUACCCCACCAGUUCGUAAUGACGUUUCAGGCACAUCAAACCAUACGACUCCGGUGGCUGAUCAAAAUGAAGUAACUAUCCGAAAUGUUUUACGCAAUCUUAGUGACUACUCUACUCCGCCACGGUCGACUCGGAUGAGUCAGGAUGAGAACCGGACUCCAACAAUGAAGGAUAAUCAUGGAUCCGGAUAUGAGUGUGUUACUCCGGUACCGCCGAACGGAGCCCAGUCAGCCAAUAGCGAGAGUCGUGCAAGGCAAAGUUCGUUUCAACAACGAUUAGUAAGAUUGUUUAAAUUUACUUAUAGAUUUCUCAUAUUCUUACAAUUUCAUACUUUUCUAUAUUACUUACUAUCCCUGUUUAUUAUUAAGGAGUUACAUAAAAGGAAAGCACAUAAUGUAGAGGAGGAACCUUCAUUCUCGCUUGGUCUUACUCAAGAAGAACAGAGUGUGGGUAUAGUUAAUGUUUCGGUACGCGAGGAUGAAUUCGCGGAUCUUGUGCCUCCUAUACAUGUAGCUGACAACAUAGAAGAAAGGCAAUUAUGUCGCAAGAGCAAGAGGCAGAAGACGGUUCCGUCAGGGCUUCUUGAAACAUACCAGUGUGGUCCUCAUUUACUGUCACGGUUGAGAGAAUAUCGGAAGUUUAUUUUCUUAUUGGAUGAUAUGUCUGCUAUGGAAAGGAAGUUUGAAAAACUGUCAUCAGACGUAAAGAGGAAUUCGUAAGUAUUUUAAUUUUUUUAACAAAAUAUAGCAGUAAUGAUUGUAUUAGAAAAUUUAGUUAAUCUCAACAAAACUGAUUUUGAGUUUUUAACAAUAAACGAAAUCAACGGAAAUGAAUGAGAAAACUAAAAAAAUUACAUUGUAUGCAUAACUAAACAACAUCAUUUAGGCUAAAAACAAAUAUAAAGGAAAAUAUAAUGAAAUGAAUUCCCGCCCUACGGGCGCGUCGUAGUAAUAGUAAAAAAAAAAGCGUUCGAAAGUUACAUUUUUUUAGGAAUAAAAAAACUAAAAAAUAGAUGAGUGGUUGAACCGAGCAGUUUCCGGUUAAACGUAAACCAACCUAUUGAAUACAUCUGCCGGUUAGUUUUAAAACCACGUAAAACCUCAAACACGAGAGAAGCGUGUUAAUUGCUGCUAGUCUACCUUGAAGAGAUUUCUUCCUCAUCGUUCUUCAAAGCAUCGUUCUCAAAUCUGUGAACGACGCAUUGGAUUGAUGAUUAUCAGUGGUUCGGAUUAGCGUAUCGUUAUAGUUUGAUCAGAUUUCGGAACCUCAAGUCAUUGUCUACACAUUUGACUUUCUCCACAUUUUACCGUCCAGUUGUUCGAUGAUAUUCCCCUGUGAAGGAAAAUCUCGAUCCUUAUAGCUUCGGUGCCGUUUAUAUAUAUAUAUAUAUAUGUUAAAUGGAACGAAGUUGAUUUAACUAAAAUAACCAUUUGAAACAUUUCAUAUAUGUAAUGACGAUCUUAUUAAAGUGGAUAAAAUUUAUUUAAAUAUUAAAAGAUAUUAUUUGGUUGCUAUAUAAUAGGGGAUAGUUAAUAAUAUUUAGUUGUAUACAAUAGGUUAGAUUAAAAAAUAAAUAAGUGCAAUAAUCUUAUAUAAGUAGAUUUUUUAGGAUUCUUUCUCUUUUAAUAGUAUUGACUAGUUUCACACACUCUCACUUUUUUCUCUUUCUAUCUCGAUCUAUCUUUUUUUUACAAAACUAAUUUCCCUUUUUCUUUUGGUUAUUUCAUAAAUAACCCCAUAAAUUUAACAUUCUUUAAAAAAAAAAUUACCGCAUACUGCAGUGAGAGAUGGUUUAAAGAUUGAGGGAUUUAUCUUUUUUUGAAGUUUAAGUUUUGCUACUUUUUACGAGUGUGCAUUAAAUUAUGGACGUUUAACGGUGUUAGAGCCAGCCAUAAAUAAUAGCAAAAAACUGAAAAAGUGUUCGAUUUUUUUUUUUGAUCAAACUAACUGAAAAAAGGGCUUAUUUGCUGAAUAACCUAAAUCAUAAGUGAAAUAAAGUGCAUGCUUAUGAUUUUGACAUAAUUAAGUAAGUAACAAUUAUACCUCUUUUGAUCCGGUUCUAACCCUCUCUUGAACAAGUAGCAGGUGAAAGGAAGAAGGUAAUGCCACAUCACUUAAAUUAAAUAUGGCUAAUAAUAAGGCCACAUCACACACAUACAAACCACAUAAACCAAAUUAAAUAAGGCCACAUCAUACACAUACAAACCACAUAUGUUUUAUUGUUUCAGUAAAUAUAUAGAGGAUAAUAGAAAAAUAAUAGUUUGAUAAAUAAUGUAGUCCAUUCAUUUGUGUAAAUAUAAUGAUGUUGUUCUCCAUUAAAGAAUAAAUGUUGACAAAUGUGUAGAUGAUGUAAUAGGUAAAGUUACAAUAUAUUGCGUACUAUUCCUUAAAAAUUUGAAUAUCUCUAAUCUAAUCUGGAUAUGUCAACCUACAUUCAAGAUAUAAACAAUUUCUCAUGUUUUCAAAUAUCAAAUAUACCCAGGUUCAUACCACUAUACUAUAUGGUGGAUAUAGUAUAGUACGUUUACAGUGUACUGUGAAAUAACUUUAGUAGUAAGGUUAUAUGGAUGUUUAAUUACUAUAUUAUUGGAUAGAAUAGACUGACACUACGACAUGGAUGAGUUCAUAUCACUAAUACAAGUAACGGAGCAACGAGGGUGAGUUAUUGAAACCCCCACCCAGAUGAUAACACUAAACUCUAAUCUGGAAAUGUCAACCCACAUCCGAGAUAUAAACAGUUUUCCCCGUUUUCAAAUAAUGACAUUAACCAGGUUCAUAAUACUAUACUACACGGUGGAUAUAGUAUAGUACUUUUAGAGUGUACGAGGAACUAAACUUAGUUCUCGUUCAAUAAUUCAGAGGACUUUAGUAGCAAGGUUAUAUGAAUGUUCUAUUAUUCAAUUAUUGAAUAGAAUAGACUGACGGGUUCAUAUCACUAAAAUCUAAACUCUAAUUACUAAACCCUAACUCAAAUAUAAACCCUAAACCCAAAUAUAAACACAAAACCCAAAUAGAAUGGAACAAAAUAAAUAACAUGGUACAUAUAAGUGAAACUAUAAAAUAUCGAUGAUUGCAUGAAAGAAGUUAAUGAUCACCCCAACCAUACCUCCUCACCUUCUAAAUACUAAACCCUAAAUUAUAGGCACUAAACCCUAAUCCAAAUAUAACCUAAACCCUAAACCUAAAUAAAUAGAUUAAGCUAAAUCCUAAUCAAGGAAGUAUAAAACCAAAUAGAAUGUAUAUAAUAUGGUUUAUUAUACCCAAACCUUUACUUAGUAAAUCUAAACCCUAGGCAGAAACCUAUAAACCCAAAUACAAUCUAUAAAUUGUUUUUCAAUAUUAAACACUUGAAAGCACAUUUACUUGAAAUAAAUAGAUUAAGCUAAACCCUAAUCAAGAAAAUAUAAACCCAAAUAGAAUAUAUAUAAUAUGGUUUACUAUACUCAAACAUUUACUUAGUAAAUCUAAACCCUAAACUCUAAUCACUAAACCCUAACUCAAAUAUAAACCCUAAACCCAAAUACAAACACAAAACCCAAAUAGAAUGGAA